UCUGGCGGAGGAUGGGCGGUCAACGGUGAGGGAGCUUCCCGUGUUGAGCAGGUCUGAAGCAAAGCAUGAUGGGAGACAGCGUGCCGCUGCAGACGGAGGGGAACGCCCUCCUGAAGGCCGUGUUCCAGGGGAAGCUGCGAUUGGCCCGUCUGCUGCUGGAGGGCGGGGCUUAUAUCAACGAGGGAAACGAGCGCGGAGAGACGCCGCUCGCCGCUGCCUGCCUGGCGAGCUACGAUGACCCACAGGCACGGCUCAAGAUGGUGAGGUACCUGCUGGAGAAAGGGGCCGACCCAAACAUCCCCGACAAGGCCGGGCGCACGGCUCUGAUGCACGCCUGCGCCGGGCGCGCCGGAGAAGACGUGGCGCUCCUGCUGCUGGAGAACGGAGCCGACCCCAGCCUCAGGGACUACAGCGGCGCCUCGGCACUGGUGCACACCAUCAACACGGGCGACCGCCAGACGCUGCAGGCCCUGCUGGACGCCUGCAAGGCCAAGGGCAAGGAGGUCAUCAUCAUCACUAGCCAUACCUCACCGUCUGGCACCAAGAAGACCAAACAGUACCUCAACUCACCGCCCUCGCCAUUAGACAAGAACUCGCCAUUGGACAAGCCCUCGCCAUCAGACAAGCUCUCGCCAUUGGACAAGCCCUCGCCAUUGGACAAGAACUUUCCAUUGGACAAGCCCUCACUGGCCAUCGAGGGCUUGUUCGUGGCGGCAAGCGAGGGCUUUGACAAGCCCUCGCUGGCGUGCAUGUCGCCGUCCGAUGUGGAGAUCGGCACUGAGUCUCCGGCCGCGGGAGACGAACGCAAAGACGGGGAGGGGAUCUUUAGCUUCGCGCUCACCUCGGCGUUACCGUUGCCGUCCGCUCGGCCGCCCGGCGAGAAGCGUCCGGCGGCGCCGCCACGGAAGCUUCUGAAGCGGCUGAACUCGGAGCCCUGGGGGCUGGUGGCGCCAUCCGUGCUGGGCGCCGCCCCCCGGGAGGAGGGCAUUGGCGCCGCUCUGAGCCAGACCAUCACAGAGAUCAACGGCCUGUCCAUCGCUGAGCCGUCGCCGGGGAGGCCGCUUUUGUCGCGGCGACACAGCAUCGAGACGCACGACCCCUGCUCGCCCAAACUCAUGGACCGGUCCGUGUCCGAGGACUACGCCGCGGCGCUCGCCGGAGCCUCCUGGGCUGACAAAGUGCAGCAGCACCAGAUCCUGUACCGUAGGAACACGGCGCCAGAGUCCCAGGAGAACGCCGCAGCCCGAUUGGCUCACCCCAAACUGACCCGCAUGGAGCACUACGAGUCGGACACGCACCUCUGCCCUGACUCCAUCCCCGGGUCUCCCGACUCGGGACGCGUGUCAGUGGAGCGCAGGAGGUACAAUGCCUCCCCGCUGUGCCUGCUCCCCGGCUCGUCCCGGGAGUCUCUGGAGAACAUCCCUGCCUCUGUGUCGCCGCUCGCCAUGCGCCGGCGUCCGCCAGGGCUCCUGGAGCGCCGCGGCUCCGGGACGCUCCUAUUGGACCACAUCUCCCACACGCGGCCGGGCUUCCUGCCGCCGCUCAACAUCAACCCGCAGAGACCCAUCCCCGACAUCCGUGCCUCGCCCAGCCAUGCCGCCACCGCCACCGGGAAGAUCCUGGUCCCGGUGGCGCCCGCCUCGCCCAAACGCGGCCCCGACUUCAAGACGAAGAAGAAGCUUAUGAGGAGACACUCGAUGCAGACGGAGCAGAUGAAGCAGCUCUCCACCUUCCAGGAAAUCCUCGCAGAGAAGGUCAGCGAGGCCAACGAUUGACGACAGGAGGAGCGGGAGCAAGGCAUCAUGGGUAGCUGCAGAGACCUUUAGGGUUAGGGUCAUUCACUGGAGCAAGGCAUCAUGGGUAACUGCAGAGACCUUUAGGGUUAGGGUCAUUCACUGGAGCAAGGCAUCAUGGGUUGCUGCAGAGACCUUUAGGGUUAGGGUCAUUCACUGGAGCAAGGCAUCAUGGGUAACUGCACAGACCUUUAGGGUUAGGGUCAUUCACUGGAGCAAGGCAUCAUGGGUAGCUGCAGAGACCUUUAGGGUUAGGGUGUCACUACCCGAUGUGAGUCAAGUGCAGAUGUGAGUUGUGCAUUCGACUUUGCAACAAGUAGCCUACAAGAUGCUAACGAGAGACUAAUGAGAUGCUAACGAGACAAACAAGAGACUAACAAGAAACUUCUGUAAUGUCAAUACAGUAAAAAUGGACCUACA